ACCGCUUCCUCCGGAAGUGGCUUGGAGGCUGUUGUGCUGGCGUCGUCUCAGCUCGGAAAGGUGGUUGGGUGUGCCGUUCGGACAUGGCGGACCCUGACCCUCGCUAUCCCUGCUCCUCCAUCGAGGACGACUUCAACUAUGGCAGCUGCGUGGCCUCCGCCAACGUGCACAUCCGAAUGGCCUUUCUAAGAAAAGUCUACAGCAUCCUUUCUCUGCAAGUUCUCUUAACUACAGUGACAUCCACGUUUUUUUUAUACUUUGAUUCUAUACGGACAUUUGUUCAUGAAAGUCCUGCCUUAAUUUUGGUGUGUGCCCUUGCAUCUUUGGGUUUGAUUUUCGCCUUGACUUUAAACAGACAUAAGCAUCCCCUUAACCUAUACCUGCUUUUUGGAUUUACACUGUUGGAAGCUCUGACUGUGGCCUUCGUUGUUACUUUCUAUGACGUGUAUAUUGUUCUGCAAGCUUUUAUACUGACUACUGCAGUAUUUCUUGGUUUGACUGUAUGUACUCUACAAUCUAAGAGAGAUUUCAGCAAAUUUGGAGCAGGACUAUUUGCUACUUUGUGGAUUUUGUGCUUGUCAGGAAUCUUGAAGUUAUUUUUUUACAGUGAGACAGUGGAAUUGGUCUUGGCUGCUAUAGGAGCCCUUCUUUUCUGUGGAUUCACCAUCUAUGACACACACUCCUUGAUGCAUAGGCUGUCACCUGAAGAGUAUGUACUAGCUGCCAUCAGCCUCUACUUGGAUAUCAUCAAUCUAUUCUUGCACCUGUUGCGGGUUUUGGAAGCAGUUAAUAAAAAGUGAUUGAAAGCAGUAUAUAGAAACUGAUUCAUUAAGUAAUAAAGUUUGAGAUAUAACUAACUAUUAAAUACUUUUAAGAUUUUAUUUGUAUGCCAUGUACUAUAUUAUAAAGUAUAAAUCGCCUUUUACUAGGAGAUUUUAAUCUUAUUUAGAAAGGAAAAAGUAUAAAAGAUAAAUUCCAGAGAAUUAUUCAGUAUUAUAAUAAAAUUAUAUUAAAAUGUUAAUGACAUUUCAUUAUAAAAUGAUAUAUUAAAAAUUAAAAUUCUGCUUGACAUAUUUUGACAUAAAAUUUAAUUUAAUAUUAUUAGUUUUUUAAAGUAUAGGUUUCAUUUAAAAAUUAUAGCAGUAUACCAGUGACCAAUGAAACUGGUAAAUUCCUGACUGCAUUAGUUGGCUAGGGUGUCAUAACAAAGUACCAAAGCACCAAAGACUGCGUGGCUUAAACAGAAAUUUAUUUUAUUACAGUUUUGGAGGUUAGAAGUCUGAGGUCAGGGUGUCAGCAGGGUUGGUUUCUUCUGAGGUCUCUCUCUUGGCCGGUAGAUGGUCAUCUCCGUCUUCACGUGGACUUCUCUCUGUACUUGUCUGUGUCCAAAUUUCCUCAUCUUAUAAGGACACCAGUCAUAUUGGAUUAGGGCCCAUCCUAAUGACCUCAUUUUACUUUAAUUACCUCUUUAUAAAGAUUCUAUGUCCAAAUACAGUCACAUUCUGAGGUACUAGGAGUUAGGACUUUGCAGUGCUCCUGAUGUUUGUGUCCCCCCAAAUAAUUUGUUGAAACCUAAUGCCCACUUGUGCUGGUAUGAGGAGGUAGGGCUUUUGGGAUGUGCUUAUUAGGUCAUGAGGGUGGAGUUUUCAUGAAUGGGAUUAGUGCUCUUAUAAAAGAGACCCCACAGAGAUCCCUUACUCUUUCUGCCACAUGAGGUGACGGCGAAAAGACACAGUCUAUGAACCAGGAAGAGGGCCUUUAAACUAGACACCAAAUAUGCCUGCUAAACUUCCCAGCCUCUAGAACUGUGAGAGAGAAAUUUCUGUUGUUUAUAAAGCACCCAGUCUCUAGUGUUUUGUUUUGGCUGCCCGAAUAGACUGAGACAGACUUCAUCAUAUGAAUUUUCAGGGGAUGCAACUCAGCACAUAACACUAAGCAUUAAACUAUUAAACUGAAAUAAAUUAGUAGUAUAUAGAUUUAGCCUUUGGUGAGUUUUAGAUGUAAAUUUGACUCCAUCACUAUCAAUUAAUUAUUGAAUACCCAGUUGCAUAAUGCUAUGCUCAAGUUUAACAUAGCAUCAUAGGUAAGAGAAUUUAAAUUGGAAUCCGUACUAGGCAACUUACUGGUGAUGUGACCUUUGGCAAGUUACUUAUUCUUCCUUACUUACGUCUUUUACCUUAUCUUUAUAAUGGGAAUAAUAACACCUACUUUAUUGGCUGUUAUAAGGAUUAAAUGAGAUGGAUAUAUCAUAUAAACUAAGUGCUUAUUAAUGUCAGCUGCUGUUAUUAAUUAAUGUUAUUGUUGGUCCAAAGGGAGAAUGUACUGAAUUGUGACCAGAGACAAUAAGCAAAUGCAGAUUUGACAUUUAAAAAAAUGUAAAACAAUACCAUUUUUCAUCCAGUAAAUUAUUGUUUGGUUUGGGAAAUGUAGUUUCUUUAAUAAAAAUCGUGUAGACAUGUAAUUAAUUUUUUUUAAUGACAGGUAAACUUUUAAAGAUUUGUCUUUCUGAUAUGACAAAUGUUGUAAUUUCUAAGAGUGUAAAGAGAUCACAGGACCAAGAAGUUUGACAACCACUGGUGUAUUUAUUAUGUUUUGUAAAUUGACCAUAGUUAUUCAUACAUUCUUCUGUUAAUGAAUUUUA